CCAAUAUCUCUACUCCAGGAUUUAAUCGGAACCUCUACAGUGUAACACGCUGUCAAACCGCACAACACCAGUAGCACGGGAGAAUAUUUUGGUUUCAGCAUUGGAAUUCUGCAUUUGUAAGAAGGAAAAUCAGACAAACUUUUAUUUCUGGGAUGGAUGGCAUGAUGGAGGACGACGAUGAUUGUCCGGAGCUGGUGCCCAUCAGCAACCAGCCUGGUCCUACUGCAGAGCAGAUACCUGUCACUAUCAUUACAGGCUACCUCGGUGCUGGGAAAACCACACUCCUGAACUACAUAUUAACAGAACAACAUAAUAAGCGGAUUGCUGUCAUACUCAAUGAAUUUGGAGAGGGCAGCGCGCUGGAGAAAUCCCUAGCAGUGAGCCAGGCAGGAGAGCUGUAUGAGGAGUGGCUGGAGCUGAGGAACGGCUGCCUGUGCUGCUCUGUGAAGGACAAUGGUCUAAAAGCCAUCGAAAACCUGAUGGAGAAAAAAGGAAAGUUUGACUACAUCUUAUUAGAAACUACUGGACUUGCUGAUCCAGGAGCUGUGGCCUCCAUGUUCUGGGUUGAUGCGGAGCUUGGCAGUGAAAUCUAUUUGGAUGGCAUCGUCACAGUCAUUGAUGCCAAGUAUGGACUACAGCAACUAACAGAGGAGAAGGCAGAAGGACUCAUCAAUGAAGCAGCCAGACAGAUUGCUCUCGCUGACCUGGUCAUUAUCAAUAAAGUAGAUCUGGUGAAUGAGGCAGAACUAAAACAAGUCAGAGACAUUAUCAGGUCUAUAAAUAGUCUGGUCAAGAUUCUAGAGACCCAGAGAUCAAGGGUGGAUCUCACCGACGUUCUGGAUCUGCAUUCCUUCGACAAGAACAGUGGAAUUAACCUAGCAGAGAAACUCCAGCUGCUGGAGCCUCCAAAGCCUCAUCUUGACAAGAGUAUUUUAACUGUGACCUUUGAAGUGGCAGGUGAUCUCGUUGAGGACGCCUUAAACGUCUUCAUCCAGGACCUUCUGUGGGAAAAGACGUUCAAAAACAAAGACGGGCGACCCAUGAGCGUCAUCCGGUUAAAGGGCAUAGUCUCAUUGGCAGGUAAAGCCAGCCAAGUGAUGCUGCAGGGGGUCCACGAGCUGUACGAGCUGAACGACACUCCCCAGCUUUGGGAGGAGAACCAGCGGAUCAACCGACUGGUCUUUAUAGGGAGGAACCUGGACAGAGACGUUCUGCAGGAACACUUCACUUCUGCGGUGCUACAGGGUGUCGGGAUGAACAGGCCGGAUGCUCUCCUCACAUCUUAACAAGGAAAACUGGUGACUGUGGAACAUGAGUGGAGGCUCUGCCACUUUGGCCAAAUCUGGGACUGUCUACAGCCAUUAACCCCUUCCUUACACGUCGAUGAGGAUGACAUCACAGACUGGAACUUUAUGUAUGAAGCAGCCAGAACUCAAAUUAUUAAAUUGAUCUAAUUAGUUUUUUUUUCCUGAA